AUGGCAAAGCUCACCUGCACUUUUUCGCAAAACACAGUUGCGCCUUCGUCACCGUUGUCUUCACCCCCUGUGACGCCAACCAAACCCUCGCAAUCUCAGGAGGCACAACCCAAUUGUCCGUUAUUGCCCCUCUUGUCCCCACCGGCUAGUCAGGCUGCCCUAGCACCUGAAACUGUACCCGUUACUCUGCAGAAGAAACAUCAGGAUGCACAACCUGAUCUUUCGAGCCCAUUAUCCCCCACAUCUUCCCCAGCUGCCAGUCAGGCUUUUCAAGUCCCUGAAGCUGCUCCUUCGACGACACACCUAUGGGUCCUACUUCGCAUGGAACGGACGCAAGUCGUUAUACAAAGGCCCUUCAUUGAGGCUGAACUGAAAUCACACAUUUAUGAUGGUGGUCGCCACUUUGCCGAUAACACAUUUUGCAGCCAUGUCUCUCAAGAUUCUAUCACAAAAGUUCUCAACGACGCCAACCUUUACUGUGAAAAUCAAUGGGUGGGAAUUCCUGAAGCAGUCGACAAAGAGUGUGAGUUGCCUGCUCGAGCACGCGAAGGUGGAACGCACCUGUUGGGUUCUCAAGAGCUAUGCCAUCCAAGCAUUUCAUAUAUAGAGGGUAUAGAUAACACCAAGCUGAAGUCGUCACCAGACUUCAUGGUUCAAGGCCACAAGUUGUCAGCAUUCCCACCAAUGGAAUCAACUAAUACAGGAGACUACAUUCCCGGUGGUGAUAAGAAGAAAAAAUUUCCCUAUAAGUCUUGCACUGCACUUGUGGAUAUCAAAACAGAGAAGGAUGCAUUGGAGUCAAACUUUAUGAACCAUCUUGUCCAGCUCACUGUUUACACUCGAAUAAAAAUCCAGUACAACCUGACGUCUGCAAAACCUCUUUUCUGGUGGUGUGCGAUUUGUGGUCAAGGCACUCAAUGCCAUGCAGUCACCAGCCCAGAUGGCGAGAAGCAUCUCGUCAAAGAAGCCUGGCGGUUGAAAGAUCGGACGCCGGAAUGGCAGUUUCUGGAGGAAGCCAAGGGUUUGGCUGGAGUUGGGCAAAUGAUCACUCAUGAGGAGACCAAAUAUACCACAGCCAAGUACAGGGGGAUUGACAUGUCGAGCUUUGUUGAUGAGCCAAACCCCGCGUUCCAUGAUAGGAUAUUCUCUCAGACCACACUUCAAGCCUACGGGGAGCCUAUAGACAGGUUCGAGACAUGGCUUCAGCUGCUGUAUGCCUUUCGUGAUGCUAUUGCUGGUCAUCAAAACUUGUGGAACAGAAAGAUUUUACAUCGUGACAUUAGCAUCAACAAUAUUCUACUUGGGAAUGAAGGUGCCGAACCUGGUAACUGCGGUCUUCUGAUAGAUUUGGAUGUGGGGAUUUGGAUGGAUUGCAUCACCAGCCUGGCCGGCGCUGAUUUCCACACUGGGACGCGUGCAUUUCAAUCUGUGAUGGUUUUGAGAAGUGCACUCUUUGGAACCAGGUCUGCCACUCACGAUUAUCUCGACGAUCUGGAAUCCUUCUUCUACAUUCUUUUUUGGAUUUGUUGCACUUAUGAGAAGGCUAAAUGGCCGUGCCGUGGAGCACUCCCCCCUGCCCUGACAAAGUGGGAAGACGACAACCCCCAAUUUUCAUCGAAUGCGAAGUUUAUGACCCUUUCAGUCUCUUUCGACAAAGACACCCCAAUCUCCACCUACUUCAGUGAUAUCUUCCUCGAUCUCUUCAACAGUUUGCGCCAAUUUCUCAAAGGUCAGGUUGAUAAAAAGUUGCACUUGUGGAAUGCACCACAAGGGUCUCUUAUGGCCCUGAUGCCGCAAUCAGAAUUGCACUAUGCUGAAGUUCUCAGAUACAUCGAUGUCGCUAUCAAAGCUGUGGAGGCCCUCCCAGAAGAAACGACACUGCAACCUCUUACGACCCCUGAAAAGCGAACUUCAACAGGUCCACCUGAUGACUCCCCAAGGCCCAAAAGAAAGAAGACUAGGCCCCAUAAAGACUCGGCAGGAAAUGAAAACCCAUUUGCAUCAACAAUUCCCUCCAAGCUGUCCCUUCAAUCAACUUUCGAAUGA